AUGAGCGGGAACCCGUUUGAGUCGUAUUUGAAGCAGGAUGAUGAUGUUGGUAACAGUGCAGAGCCUGCGAUGUUUACAAGUGACGCACUACUGAAACCCAAUGCUUCGUUAGAGUAUUGUGCAAUGACGGUAGAAGAGACAUUGAAACAAUUUAAUACUGAUGGAAUUAAAGGGAUAACUGAUAUUCAACAGAUACGGAACAGAGAAAUCGAAUGGGGCCCGAAUGAGGUCACUGCUGACGGGGGGGAACCGUUGUGGAAGCGAUUUGUGUCUACGUUUAUUGAUGAUCCGUUGAUCUUAUUGUUGAUUGGGUCUGCGUUCAUUAGUUUUUUGAUGGGGAAUAUCGAUGAUGCUAUGAGUAUUACUCUGGCGAUUAUUAUUGUUGUUACUGUUGGGUUUGUGCAGGAGUAUAGAUCAGAAAAGUCUCUUGAGGCUUUGCAUAAACUGGUUCCUGCGAGCUGUCAUUUGAUUAGAUUUGGGACGGGGACGCAUAUCUUGGCAUCCGGUUUGGUUCCUGGAGAUCUAGUGCAAUUUAAGGUUGGGGAUAGGAUUCCUGCAGAUGUUAGGAUCAUUGAGAGUGUCGAUCUAAGUUUGGAUGAGAGUACGUUGACUGGGGAGAAUGAGCCUAUGCAUAAGUCAUCUGUGGAAGUUAGUCGAGCACCAUAUAGUAACGUACCUGGGGGUAUUAUUCCUAUCAGUGACAGGUCGUGUAUUGGUUUCAUGGGCACGUUGGUAAGAGAAGGCCAUGGUAAAGGUAUUGUUAUUGCCACGGGGAAACAUACAAUGUUUGGGGCAGUAUUCGAAAUGAUGAGUUCUAUCGAAAAGCCAAAAACACCAUUGCAAAUGGCUAUGGAUAAAUUAGGAAGAGACCUUUCGUAUGUGAGCUUUAUACUGAUCGGGAUUAUAUUUCUCAUUGGUAUCAUUCAAGGAAGAUCGUGGUUGGAUAUGUUUCAAAUCUCCGUAUCACUAGCGGUAGCAGCAAUCCCUGAAGGUCUGCCGAUUAUUGUCACAGUGACAUUGGCGCUGGGAGUGUUACGAAUGGCUAACAGAAAGGCGAUUGUAAGAAGAUUACCAAGUGUUGAGACUCUGGGCUCUGUCAAUGUCAUUUGCUCUGAUAAAACAGGUACUUUGACUGCUAAUCACAUGACAGCGGCGAAAAUUUGGUGUUUGGGUAGUAUGUCGAAUAAAAAUAAUGUUCUCAGUUUAGAAUCAAAGCUAGUUGGCGGUGGGAAACCAAAUUACAAACAUUAUCUCACUGAAGAUGUAAGACUUAUUUUGAAAAUUGGUAGUAUUUGUAACAAUGCCACAUUUUCACACGAACAUGCAAAGUUUUUGGGUAAUCCAACAGAUGUUGCCUUGCUGGAAGUUCUUCAAAAGUUUGAGUUAUCGGAUGAAAGACCGAAUAUUCGGAGAAUUGAUGAAUUGACCUUUAAUUCUAAAAGGAAACUGAUGGCUGUCAGAGUCGAAAGUAGUACUGGAGGUAAUAAAACUAUUAUAUAUGUGAAGGGAGCUUUUGAAAGGAUAUUGGAAAAAUCUACAAGCUUUAUUAAUAGCAAUGGCAAGGUAGAAAAGUUGACAGAUACAUAUAGAGCUACAAUUGAUGACUGCGCCAAAUCUUUAGCAUCAGAAGGACUUCGAACCUUGGCCUUUGCACAAGUUGAUGUCCAAAAUGUUCAAGACUUGACGGAUUCUAAUAUUCAAAAUCUGGUGUUCACUGGAUUAAUUGGAAUGAAAGAUCCUCCUAGGUCUACAGUACGCCCUGCCAUCGAAGAAUUACUACAAGGCGGUGUACACGUUAUUAUGAUCACCGGUGAUGCUGAAAACACAGCAGUGAACAUCGCAAGGCAAAUUGGUAUUCCUGUAAUUAAUCCUGAGAUUAGCGUUUUGACUGGUGAGAAGUUGGAUCAUAUGACUGAUGACCAAUUAGCUAAUGUUAUCGAUCAUGUUAAUAUCUUCGCACGUGCUACCCCUGAACAUAAAUUAAAUAUUGUCCGUGCCUUGCAGAAGAGAGGAGAUAUUGUCGCAAUGACUGGUGAUGGCGUUAACGAUGCACCAGCGUUGAAGCUAGCUGAUAUUGGUGUUUCUAUGGGUAAUAUGGGUACUGAUGUUGCCAAAGAAGCUUCGGACAUGGUUCUUACUGAUGAUGAUUUCAGCACGAUUUUGACUGCUAUUGAAGAAGGCAAAGGUAUUUUCAAUAAUAUUCAAAACUUUUUAACAUUUCAGCUGUCUACAUCCGUCGCUGCUCUCUCGCUGAUUGCCAUCUCAACAAUAUUUAAAUUGCCAAAUCCAUUGAAUGCGAUGCAGAUUUUAUGGAUCAACAUUUUAAUGGACGGUCCACCCGCUCAAUCAUUGGGAGUCGAGCCUGUAGAUCAUGAAGUCAUGAGGAAACCACCUAGAAAGCGUACAGACAAGAUUCUGACUAGGCAAGUAAUUAAAAGACUUUUGAUGAACGCAUCAUUUAUUAUUGUGGGUACAAUCUAUGUUUUCGUCAAGGAAAUGGCUGAUGACGGCGAAAUCACCACUAGAGAUACUACAAUGACGUUUACUUGUUUUGUGUUUUUUGAUAUAUUCAGUGCAUUAUCAUGUAGGCAUGCAACGAAAUCAAUCUUUGAGAUUGGCUUUUUCAAUAACAAAAUGUUCAAUUAUGCCGCUGGUUUCUCCUUGAUGGGUCAAUGCUGUGCUAUAUAUAUUCCAUUUUUUCAGACCAUUUUCAAAACUGAGCGAUUGAGUAUAGGUGAUUUGGCAUUUUUGUUGGUCGUCAGCAGCAGUGUUUUCAUUGCUGAUGAGGUGAGAAAGUAUUAUAUCAAGAAAAAUACUAUACAUGAUCCACACUAUUUUUCAAUUGUGUAG